CAGUGACUGUGGCCCCUGGGGAAUGAGGAAAUGGAAAGGGAUGUCACCAGACCCAGUUAACUGCUCCUGACCUGUGGCUUCAAUCAGCUACCUUUGGAGAAACCCAGAAGAAAUUGCAAAUAGCAACUGUCACCCAAUUUCUGUGCAAGGAUGAACAAAUCUCCCCUGAGUAACAACAGAAAACUUCUCCUUUUUUUGAAAUUCUGUGGUUAUUGGAUUUACAACCAGGCAUAUAUUGCAGUGGGACUCCUGAGGGAUCAGCCAACUGUUUCUCCAGGGAGAAGAGGCAAGGAGCAGCUCAGUUGCCUGUUCUGAGACUCUGCUUCAAGGGGAGCAAGAGCCCUUCACCUGAAAUCCUCUCGUGAUGCUGUGGCUGCUGCUGCUGCAGGUCUGGGCGAGCUGCCUCUGGCUGGGACAGGGCGAGGUGGUGAAUUCCUUUGCAAAUACAUGUAAUCAGUUUUUCUACCAGAACGUGCCCCCAGCAAAAGGCCUUGAGCCACAGAACCCAGCCUGGAUCUGCCAGACCUUCAAGAACCAGCGUUUCUAUGCCACCUUGUAUGACAAAAAGGAGCGUAUUCCCGUGUACUCUGCUUACAUCUACCAGUAUGACGCUGGCAAGAGAGCUACACCAGAAUGGAUGGUUGAGCCCCAGCUGAUACGGAACAAUCUGCCCAAAGACAUGGAAACAGAGAAGACCCUCAGAGAAACUUACUCAGUCAGCCAAAAGGAUAUCAGCGAGAGCCAGGCUGUCUACCUAGACUACCAUAAACUUAAGGGUUUGGACCGUGGCCAUUUGAACCCCGCUGCUCAUCAUGACACCCAGGAUGGCAGAAACGCGACCUUCACCUUCACCAACAUAGUGCCCCAGAACACUGCACUCAACAGCGGCGAAUGGAACGUCUAUGAGCAGAAAACAAUGGCCAAGAAAAGCAAGGACUGUCAAACCACCUAUGCCAUUGUGGGGGCUGUGCCUGGGAACUCCUACAUCUCCAAUGGGAGGGUUAAUGUACCCAGCCACAUCUGGACCAGUGCCUGCUGCAAGACCAAACAGAACACCGUGAUUGCUUGGGGGGCCAUUGCUGAGAACAACCAGAACAAGAUCCGGGUCGUCAAGCUGGGGGCACUGGAGGAAAAGUUGGCUGAGCUGUAUAAGAGGGGACCAGUUUCUCUGUUCCACAAGGACUGUCCCCGUACCUAAGCCUCACAUCCCGGGUGUAAAAGGCUCGGGUGCUUUUCCCACAUAUCACAGAAUCAGAGAACGGUUUCGUUCAAGGGACCUCAAAGAUCAUUCAGUUGCAAACCUCCCGCAAUAGAGCAGGGAUAUCUUCCACUAGACCAGGUUGCUCAGAGCCAUGUCCAACCUGGCCUUGAACACUUCCAGGGAUGAGGCAGACACAGCUUCUCUGGGCAGCCUGUAUCAGUGUCUCAGCACCUCACAGGGAAGAAUUUCUUUCUGAUACGUAGUCUGACUCUGCCCUCUACCACUUUAAAUCCCCCUUCUCCUGACACUCCAUGUCCUUGUUCAAAGUCCCUCUCCAAUGCUCCUGAAGACCCUUCGGGUACUGGAAUGGGAUCUAAAUUCUCCUCAGAGCCUUCUGCAGCUGAACACCUCCAGCUCUCUCAGCCUGUCUCCAGAGCACAGGUGAUCCAGCUCUCAGAGUACCUUUGUGACCUCCUCUGGACUCCACCCCAACAGGUUUGUGUCCUUCUCAUGUUGUGAGCCCCGAGCUGGAGGCAGCACUGCAGGUGGGGUCUCAGAAGAGUGGAGAAGAUGGGGAAAAAUGUCCUGUGCAAUGUCCAUCCUGCUCCCUUCUCUGGUGGGUUUCCAGCUCUGUCCCUCAGGGCAACUCCUCCUCCUGCUCUGAUAAAAGGGAGAAAGAGGCAGGCUUAGCCUCCAGCUGGUUUGCUUUGCUGCUCAUGCUGGCAGAGAGCUCUUAGGGAUGAGUCCUCGCCCUGGCAGUCUAGAGGGAACAGGUGGAGAAGUGUAGCACUUGUAACUUUACAGACCAAAGAGAUGCCUGCGCAGCUGUAAAAUCGUUUAUUCGCGCGCUAACAAGCCCUUAUACACAUCCCGCGACAUCACGUAUUUCCCACAGUUCUUAGCCAGUCCUCCCAGCGGGCAUGCUCCAUUGAGUACUCUCUCUGGGAGUUUGCUGUGGAGACUACAUCUCCCAUGCCUUAUUGCGACAUCCUUCCUAUACCGUGUUAACCCUUUCUGCCACAGAUAAGAGCCCACAGACAAGGAAAUGAGAGCUUCUCCCUGCAAUUACAUGGGCUUUGCCUUGUUUCCCUUUUGCUCCAUGCCCAGAGACAGGUCUUAGUUCCUUCCUCUCCUCAUUAGCUGUCCCUCAGAGUGUGCUGCUGACUUGUCCCUCACCUCCUUAGGAAGGCUGUGGGACGAGGGUGGCUCAGGUUGUCCACAGGUGUUGUGGAGUCUCCAUUGCUGGAGAGGUUCAAACCCCAAGUGGACAUGAUCCUGGACAACCUGCUCUAGCUGAGCCUGCUUGACCAGGGGUCUGGACUAGGAGAUCUUGAGAGGUCCCUCCAAAUCUCAACAAUGCAGUGAUUCUGUGAUGCUGGGAACCAGAUUUCGUUUGCUUGCUUUUGAAACCCACACCUUGUAGAAGCAGGAGCUGAGGUCUGAGAUAGGCAGGCUCAGGCAUCAGAUCUACAGGAAGCUUUGACCACUCAGAGGUAAAUUUCCCUGAUGCACUGUUUGGAUAACUUCAUUCUCUGCUCUGCUUCUGAACCUUUCUGCAGAUUUAUGGCUAAAGGAUUUUGUGACAUGUAUUCAGUGUAUUCGAUAUAAUCAAUGUAUUCAAUAUAUCAAUCAAAAGAUCCAUGUGUGCCAAAUCAUGUAGUUCUUGAGUAGUUCAUAAUAAAAAUGAUUUGCUCCAG